AUGAAGUUCAAUUCGAGCAACCAAAAGCAGUUGUUGUCUAAAAUAGCAACGAACAAUGGACAUGGUGAAGACUCUCACUACUUCGAUGGUUGGAAGGCGUACGACAGUGAUCCCUACCAUCCUACCCUUAAUCCUCAUGGUGUUAUUCAGAUGGGUCUUGCAGAAAACCAGCUUUCCUUUGAUUCAAUCAAAGAGUGGAUUGUCAAUAAUCCAAAAGCAUCCAUAUGCACAGCAGAAGGAGCUAGUGGCUUCAUGGAUACUGCUAUAUUUCAGGAUUAUCAUGGCCUUCCAGAGUUCAGAAAUGCUGUGGCGAAGUUUAUGGGGAAAGUGAGAGGACAGAGAGUCACAUUCGACCCUGACCGGAUUGUCAUGAGUGGAGGAGCAACUGGAGCUCAUGAAAUGGUGGCCUUUUGCUUGGCAGAUCCUGGUGAUGCGUUUUUGGUGCCUACACCAUAUUAUCCAGGAUUUGACAGAGAUUUGAGAUGGAGAACAGGAGUACAACUUCUCCCAGUAGUUUGUGAGAUCUCUAACAAUUUCACGGUGACCAAAACGGCCUUGGAGGCAGCAUACUCCAAAGCCCAAGAAGCCAACAUCAAAGUAAAGGGCUUACUCAUAACCAAUCCAUCAAACCCAUUGGGCACCAUACUUGACAGAGAGACCCUGAGAAGUGUACUAAGCUUCACUAAUAAAAAGAACAUUCACCUAGUGUGUGAUGAAAUCUAUGCUGCCACAGUCUUCAACAAGCCUGGUUUUAUCAGCAUUGCUGAAAUAAUUGAAGAAAUGGAAUGCAAUCGUGACCUCGUACACAUUGUUUAUAGUCUGUCCAAGGACUUCGGCUUCCCAGGCUUCCGGGUUGGUAUCGUGUACUCAUACAACGAUACAGUAGUGAAAAUUGCCCGCAAGAUGUCGAGUUUUGGGCUCGUGUCGACCCAAACACAGCAUCUGAUUGCAUCAAUGCUAUCAGACGACAAGUUUGUGGACAAAUUCAUUGCUGAGNCUUUUAAUACGUAA